GAGAGCGAAAAUGUAUUUUUUCCUUAUUAUAAAUUCCAAUAAUAUAAUUAUAGAAAAACGAACUAUUUUAUCAAUGACUAAGAUUAUAUAGUUAUAAAGUUACGUUUGUGCUCAUAUUAUUUUUUAUUUUCUCGUGAAUGAAUUUAAUUAUAUUAUAGUGUUAAUCAAUUGUUGUUAAUCGUAAUUAUAUUCGUAAUACAAUCGUAAAUAUUCGUUAAAUUAAUAAAAAAACCGGUUUAAAAUUUUCAAGUGCUAAUAUGUUUUGAGUUAAAAUGUCUCAAUUUUCCUGUUGUAUUAUGUUUUAUGUAACGUCAUGGAAUUAUGUUAUUGCAUUUAUUUCUGAAAUUAAAAAAUGGCUGAUGAAGAAGAAGAGAAAGAAUAUAGAUGGGAGACUGGUUAUGAAAAGACAUGGGAAGCUAUCAAAGAAGAUGAUCAUGGAUUAUUGGAAGCAUCAGUUGCAGAUAUUAUUCACAAUGUUAAAAGAAAGCGUCAGAUGGAAAAAAAAAUUGGUGCUAGAUUAGGAAUGAUGAGACAUCUUUAUGUAAUUCUUGAUGCUUCAGAAUCAAUGUCUAUUCAAGAUUUAAAACCAACUCGUUUUUUAUGUUCAUUAAAGCUUUUAGAAGAUUUUAUUGAAGAAUUUUUUUAUCAAAAUCCUAUUAGUCAGUUAGGGGUAAUUAUUACAAGGAAUAAAAGAGCAGAAAAAGUUAGCGAAUUAACUGGAAAUUCUAAAAAACAUAUUAAGGAAGUACAAAGUAUGCAACAAAUUACUCCAGCAGGUGAACCUUCAUUACAAAAUUCUAUAGAAUUAGCUUUAAAAUCAUUACGUCUUCUACCAUCACAUGCUAGUAAGGAAAUACUUAUAAUAGUGGGAGCACUUACAACAUGUGAUCCAGGAGAUAUCAAUGAAACUAUUAAAAACAUGAAAUCAGAUUCUGUCAGGUGUAGUGUGAUAGGAUUGGCUGCUGAAUUAUAUAUUUGUAAAAGAAUGGCUACCGCAACUGGUGGAGAGCAUGGUGUUGCACUAGAUGAUAAACAUUACAAAGAACAAUUAAAUAUGCAUAUAGAUCCACCACCAGCUGCUACUAGAUUAGAUGCUGCUCUUGUAAAAAUGGGUUUUCCUCAUCAUGCAUUACAUUCUUCUACAAAUGAUUCAGCUAUGGCAGUUUGCAUGUGUCAUGCAGAAAGUUCAGAUGAAUCUGUUAAACUUCUUAGUACAGGAUAUCUCUGCCCUCAAUGUCUAAGUAAACAUUGUGAGCUUCCAGUAGAAUGUAGAGCAUGUGGAUUAACUUUGGUAUCUGCUCCACAUUUAGCACGAUCUUAUCAUUAUUUAUUUCCUGUUGAACCUUUCAAAGAAGUUGAAUAUAGGAAAGAAGUUACAUUUGAGCAUCCUUCAAUUUGUUAUGGUUGUCAAAAAAUAUUUUCACAAAAAGAUAAGAAGGUAUAUAUUUGCAAUAAAUGUAAUCAAACAUUUUGUUUAGAUUGUGAAAUAUUUAUUCACGAAUCUUUACAUACAUGUCCAGGCUGUGCUACUAAUCCUGAUACAUAUCAAAAAUCCACAGAUAGAAUUUAAUUUAUUUAAU